AUGCAGCUGUCCUUGACUCAACCACGUUCCUGGACACUGCUCCUACUCCUGGUGUCCAACCAGCUUCUGUGGGAGAACGUGGCGUCUGUACCCAUGUGCGCAAUGAGGAAUGGUCGCUGCUUUAAUUCCUUGAGAGACAUGUUUGAUAUAGCAGGCAGUCAAUCUCAUGAAAUCAGCCAAAAAGUUUCAGAAACGUUCACUGAAUUUAAAAAUCACUAUGCUGAAGCCCACGGGUUCAAUGACACAGUCCUCAUCCACUGCCACACUUCUUCCCUCUCCAUUCCAGAAAAGGACGCUAUGAAAAAAUAUGACUUCUUACUGAAACGGGUGGGCACUCUUUUGAAUGCCUGGGAAGAACCUCUGCGACACUUGGAGGAAGAACUAUCUACCUUGAAAGGGGUCCCUGCUGGUGUUACCUCCAAAGUCAAAGACAUCAAGGAAAAUAGCUCGGGACUGCUGGUUGGCAUCAAAACCCUUCUCAACGUGAUUUAUCCUAGAGAUGCAGAAGCUGUGAACUUCCCUACCUUGCCUGAAGGGGCAUCACUGAAGACAGAAAAUGAAGAUGUUCGCAUUUUGGGUUAUUAUAACAAGCUCAUCUGCCUAGAUGGUGACUUUAAGAAGGUUGACAUUUAUCUCAACGUCAUAAAGUGCAGGAAUUUAAAAGUGAAAAAUUGCUAA